AUGCCUGGCCAAAUCGUGAGCGUUCCGUUUCUGUCGCAGGUCGAGGACAUGGACAAAUACUUGCUGGAAUACCGAAGCCUCAAGGUGAUGCCGCAGAAUGCUGUUAACUUUCAGCAGCAGCAGCAACAGCAGCAGCAAGUGCGCUACCCUAACCAAAGUCGGGCGCCCGUGACGGGAAAUCAGGUUAUGAACAUGGGCUACAACAUGUCAAAUGGGCGGAAAAAAGCGGUGGGAAGCAAUUCGGGAAUGCAGAACUAUUGUCUUGGAAAAAGUGGGCCCAAGUUUGGACAGUUGCAACAAGCGCAACAGCAGCAGCAGCAGUCUUCGUCUGGUUCCGGCUUCAAGCAAGGUUUUCCUCAGGUGUUUUAUGGAUCCGCUAAUAACAGCAAUACAUCACUUGCUCAGCAAGCCAUGCCUCCUCAAGUAUAUGCGCCAGGACCAGCCGGUCAGCAACAGUUCAUGACAGCAAGUUCGUCUUCGAGCUCUACUCCACCCCCUAGACUGCAUGUUUCGGUCAGCGGGACCUCUUCUAUCUCUUCCUUGAGUGGAGAUUUUGACUACCUUCUACCUAACGACUUGAACGGCCAAUUAUUGCCCUCCGUUCCAUCGCAGGGGUCGCCCAACGUGGCUAGUACAGCUUCUUGCCCCACUAGGGCUACGACAAGCACUUCUGGUCCUGUCAGACCUCAUCAUGGCAACAUGAAUCCAAUGGCUGCUGCACCUUUAGGUGGAAGCUAUUUGGAUUCCAUGCCAGCUGCUCCUUCAACGACUUUUAAGGCCGAAGGCAGCAUUUCGAAUUCUAAUGAUUUUAUCAACGGAUUACCGUCAUCCUUGUUGUCUGAUGGCACGGCCUCUUCAGAGUUCGCGGGUCAUAAUGGACAAGAUUUUAUGUCAAGCAAUUCAGCUGCCUAUCCAGGAUCUAAUACUUCGAGUCACUUUAUGAUGCCCAAUUCCAAAAGCUGGGGCGCAAGCAACCCAACUUCGUCUUCAAACUCUGGGUCAUUUGGUAUUUGGAAUAAUGACAUGAGCGUUUGGAGCUGA